AUGGCAGGGUUCUCGGUGAGUUUGAAGGGCCAAAAAGUUGGGAAAAAGGGCAUUACAGGAGAGAAGAAGAGGAAAAGGGCUAAUGUUUUCAAUGAAUCUGAUUUGAACGAUCCCAAGAAGUCGAAGAUACGAUUAACCCAUGUUGAUGAAUAUAAGAAAGCUGAGGAACAAGAGCUUGUUAUAAAGCCUGUGGCCGAUUUGACAGCUGUUCAAAGGCCUGAUAAUACUGGGAUGGGCCCCAAAAGUGAUUUAAAGUUUGGCUUCAAUGCCGGAAAGGAAAGCAACCCGACCGAAGGAUCUCGAAUUUCAAAUUCAAUAAAUGGCCCACAGAAUAGCUCAAACUUGCUCGAAGACACACAACAAGAGGAUUACGAUAACGUCCCUAUUGAAAAGUUUGGAGACGCAUUGCUUAGAGGUAUGGGAUGGGACGGAAAAGCCGAACAUGAUAAAAUCUCGAAGUCGAGCUCUGCUAAAGCGCAUAACAAAUUACGUCCGUCACUCUUAGGUUUGGGUGCUAAGGCUGUCAGGAGCACUCAAGCAGAAGAGAAAGUGAAGCCUGCUCUUUUUUUACCCGUAAUAAAAGUACCGAAAAAAGGUAGUGACCUAUAA